AUGGCAUCUGAACUGAAUACGACGACCAUAUCGCUUACUCCUGGGGCACACUCGAACAUCAACUGGGAUCUGGUGGGUGCUCUCUCUGACACGAUCGACAUACUGGGCAGUGUGGUGAUUCCUGUGAGUGGGGGUGUGGGCAUCCUCUGCAACAUGUUCACAGUGUGUGUCGUCUGUUUCAUGGGGGUCCACACUUCUUCCCUAGUCUACAUGCUCCUCAUAGCCCUAGGGGACUCCCUCAGUGUCGCCAUAGACGCCAUCGUCAACAUCGGGUUCACACACUGGAACUGGGUUGUGGUGCUCGCCAGAAGUUCGAUGUUCUGCAGGUUCGGCCAGUGGAUCAGCUACUUGACCACCUUCGCCACACAGUAUACCCUUGUGCUGUUCACCUUCGACCGAUUCCUGGCCAUAGCGAGACCAAUUCCCUACAAAAACAGUCUCAAGAGCAAACUGUGGUAUCCGGUGGCAGCGACGGGCGUGACUUAUGUGGCAGUGUCUCUCUUGCUUGUGGGUAACCUCUAUGUUUUCACUCUGGAGAAUGGAUCAUGUCUCAUAGACUCAACUCUCAGCGAGGGCUUGCAGGCAUUCUACUUCCACUAUAGCGUCUCCUUCCUCUACUGUGGAUUCCCAGCCGCCAUGCUAUUUGUCCUCAACAUCGCCAUCAUAUACAAACUUAAGAAGCCUCCUAGUGGCAGUGGCGGUGGUGGUGGCAGUAGGUCUCAAGAGAGAUCGAUCACGAAGGGACUGCUGCUGGUGUCCUGCACCUACCUCUUGCUCACGUUUCUCAGCUCCAUGAGUCUCUUCAUCAUCUUCACCCAGACCCAGCCCCGCAUUUCUGCAGAUGACCCCAAGUGGGAAAAGUGGACUGUUCUGCUGUUCUACCUGGCGGAGUGGACUGGACUGAUGAACCAGUGUGUGAACUUUUUCCUCUACAUCCUCGGCAGCCGCUUCUUCAGAAAGGAGUUCUUCCGCAUGAUUAAAAGCACGCCUAAGCCGAACAUCUCACAGAGCAGAAACACUGUGGCCGCUGCUAAUUAA